CCCUCCUUUUUUUCCCUCUUCUCUUUUGCUAUCUCACAAUUCCAUGUCAUAGUUUCACACACGGCAAAUGCCCUCCCACCUUCAAACUCUCUAGAAAUCUCGCCGCCAUGAACAGUGCCACGAGAAUGGGAUUUCUCCUCUUCCAUCGAUUUGAGCUCAAAUUCGUGAGAUUUUUGGAACCUCGGAUGCACCAUUAGCUCGUGAAUCCAUAUAUGAGGAAGUUUCGCUGAUUUUGGAUAUGAAAAUCUGAAGAAUCGGAAGUCAACGCACGUCUGGCACUGUUAAUUCGAAAUUUCUUCUCUUUGAUUCACGAUGAUCCAGACUUCUUUGAUGGCUAAUUUUUGGAUAUACUGAGCGAGAUAUCAAUGUUCUGAUGACGGCAUUGAAACAGAUAAAAGAGAAAGCUCAUCAGGACGAUCAGAAGAAUAAUGAAGAGACGAUAUCUAGGUGAGUGAGUAGGGCUUGCAGUUUCUCGCGGCUCAAAUUUCAGCCAUAUGCUUAGCUGUAAUUCUGGAUUUGGUCAAUUUACAGAUUCAAACACUGAUUAUGAAGAUUGUUGUGAAUUUCAGGUUCAUAUAAUCAUAUGGAAUUGUAGAACAUAUUUGAUUGGUUCAUUUUGUGCAGUUAUUUUGACAUGCUACAGACAUGUGUUAGUAAGUUCAGCCUAGUGUUUGGGAAUAGAUCAUCCUUGGUACUCUAUUUACUUUUGUAUUAGAAGACAAUGGAAAUCAUAUUAUACUGUGGUGGAUUUUUUUCUGUAAUUUUUUUUCAUCUUCCUUUGUUGCAUUUGAUUUUGGACAUGAAUAAGGACAAAAGAGCUUUGGAGAGUUUCCAUAUUGGGGAGCUCCAAAUAAAUGGUUGUUGCUAUUUCAUUGAGAUGUUCAAGACAAGGCUCCUGUUAAGGUUCUUGCCAUAUUCAUUGAUGAAGAUAAAGUGCGAGAAGCGGGGCUUGGGGAGAACUUACGAGUCCGAGUAUCUGGGAUUGAGGAAGAUGAUAUCUUAUCAGGCUUUGUUUUAUGCAGUGUUGGUAAAUACCAUUCAAUUAUUUUCUCUGUUUAGUCUACUUUUUCAAUUUUCAAAGCUUUAUGUGUGGAUGCUUCUAAAUUGUUUGUUCAUUUUGUUACUAGUAAUAAAGUGGAUGCUUUGCAAGAAAAUAUUUAAUGGUAUGCAAAUUGAGGACUCAAGUGGAUGCUUUACAAGAAAAUAUUGCUAGAGCAAGAGAUGGAUUCAAAAAUGUUAUUGAGGGGGACAAAUAACUAAAUUAGGUGUGCCAAAUGGACAAUUAGAGUGUGAUUUUAUUUAUGUAAACCGUAUUACACAAUUGUUUUUAGACAGUAGUCUGUAAAUAUAUCAGACAGCUGCGAAAGACUACUGAAA